CGGUCCCGCGAGCGUGCUGUCUCCUCGCGAGAAGCGGGCGGCUGGGGGCGUCUGCGCGGACAAACGGAAGUGUGGGUGACAGUCUGAGACCUCGCCGCCAAGCUGGGAACCGGAGAGAUGGCCGAGACUGACCCCAAGACCGUGCAGGACCUCACCUCGGUGGUGCAGACGCUCCUGCAGCAAAUGCAAGAUAAAUUUCAGACCAUGUCCGACCAGAUCAUUGGAAGAAUUGAUGAUAUGAGUAGUCGCAUUGAUGAUCUAGAGAAAAACAUCGCAGACCUCAUGACACAGGCUGGGGUGGAAGAACUGGAAGGCGAAAACAAGAUACCUGCCACACAAAAGAGUUGAAGGUUGCUAAUUACCCUGAAAUCUGGAACACCAUUUUUCCAAGCCAAGAGAAGACUGAAUGGCUUUUUGCAACUAACUACUAAGUGUAGACAGGUUUUAUAUUAUAGUGCAUUCUUAUCACAUACUAUAUAGUGAGUUUUUAGAGUGAUUUUUCUCCCCAGUUUCUCAAACAUGGUAUCUUCACACCUUGGAAGUUGGUCAGUUGUGCUCUUAAUUAUUAAACACUAAAAUUUUGGCGGUUCCUGCAUAAAAUUGUCAAAUUUUUUAGUGCAUUUUUGUGAAGUCAUUUUUUUCCUGCCAUUCUUUUGUAGUAGUUGCUGUUUGAUAAAAGUUGAUGUAUAAUUUUUUAUUAGAUAAGUAGUAAAUCCUUUAACGAUUGUUGGACUUGGUGAAGUAAAACAUUUGUAGAGUUCAGAUUCUUUCAUUUUUAGCACAAAGUGACUGUUGUGCUAACACCAAAUAAUGUGUUGGCAAUACUUUCCAAAUGGCUAAAAGUUGUUUAUUCAGAAAUGUCUGUCACUACUUUGUUGCCAAAACUCAGAAUUGAACUGCAACUUAUGACUAGUCUGUGAGAUCAGAUGCUAAAGUCAGUGAAAAGUAACCACUGCCACUGUACUGCAUUAGCAUUUUUAAUACAGGAAAUACCGAAUAGCCUGAUAUAAGGAGGCAUUCAUUUGUUAGAGUUUUGCAUGAGAUUCUAUACUUCAGUAGGCCUCUCUCUAGUUGUUCAUCCACAAUGGUUACCACAAAAAAAAAGGCAGGAUUUUAAACUCAAUUUUUCCAUCCUUUCUUUGAGCUACUAGUUGAAGAAAAGGGAAAGGAGAGAGUACUGGCUGAGACUGUACCAGUCACUUGGCUGGAACGUGCGUGAGCGGUAGUAGGCUCAGGAUUUUGAACUGUUCCUUACCUAAAUCCUCAUAGAGUAAUAAUUUUUGUUACUGAUUGUAAAAGAUAUUUGCCAUUCAGAAACGCAGUGACAGGAGUGCUGAACCUAGAGGCCCAUGUUGAUGAGCGGGGAGGCAGUCCCUGUGAUUGUCACCAGAGUGAUUUCCUACAGCCAACUCUGGAAUGCCUGGAAAUGCCUCGAGGGAGACCAGUGAAAGCAGCAGGGUUUAGGUCUCCAUGUCACCAGUCUCGUUUGUAUUGCAAAUAUAUAAUAUUAAGAAAUAUUUUGUCUUAUUUAUAGAAUAUAUGGGGAACACAGUCAGAUUCUGUAACAAAGCCACCAGGAUGUCGGCCGGCUGCAGCAGCUCUGAGCUGGGGCCAGCAGCAGGUUCUGCAGGGUAGCUGGGUGUGCGUUGUCCCGACGGGGCCAGCUGCGGCCUGCGUGCGGAACGUGUUCAGGGCUUCUGAGGGCAGUAGAAAGGGCAGGCUGCUGGCUGUUGGAGGAUGGCGGGGACUUGGGGAGGAGUUACUUCCUCCAGGUAACAUUUCAGAGGCCAAAAAUAAAGGUGCCUAAAAUCCUGCUA